ACGAUCCUUACGACAGAAACGCGAGAAAUGUUGAAGCAAUUCCUACUCGUUCUUUCAGCCCUGGCAUUGGCUGGGGCACAAGUACCCAGUCUAGGAUGGUGUCCCGAGUACGUGCCCAUGGCCAACUUCGAUAUCGCCAAGUUCUUAGGUGUGUGGUACGAGGCAGAAAGGUACUUCCAGCUAUCGGAGGUGGUGUCCCGUUGCGUAAUGGCUAAUUACACGAGAGGAAAUGACGGUAAAUUACGUGUCAGCAACGAAGUCACCAACAGAUUCACUGGCAUCAAACGUGUCUUGGAAGGUGAGAUAAAGCCAUCGGCAUCAAAAGCUGAGGAGGGAAAGCUCCACGUCAAGUACACGACUGUUCCAUUGACACCAGAGACUUCUUACGCUGUUUUGGAGACUGAUUAUAAGAACUACGCAGUUUUGUGGAGCUGCACAGGAAUCGGACCAGUCAACGCCCAAAACGCCUGGUUGAUGACUAGGCAGCGUCGACCUGUAGGAGAAAUCCUUCAGAAGGCUUACGGUGUUCUGGACAAAUACAAGAUCUCCAAGACGUUCUUCGUGAAGACCGACCAGAACGACUGCGCGUACUUGGACUCGCCUCCACCAGUCGAAACCACGAUUGAAGAGCAGAAUCAGGCUGAUCAUGUCGAGGAAGUGAGCGAGGGUGAGAACCUUCGUUCGGCGAUCAUCCCUGACGCUCCAGAGAUCAUCAUUCAGACCAGAAAGGCUGAGCUUGCUGAGCAGGCGAAGGAAUCCAAGCUUGAAGUGGUGAAGGAACCAGCGGAGCACCUGAAGGCUGAGACCAUCAAGGAAGAGCCUGUGCUCACUGAAGUCGUCAAGGAGGAGAGUAAGCCUGAAACUGUGCCAGAGGUAAUUCUGAAGACUGCUGAAAUCAAGGAGUCAACCCCAGCCAAAGAACAGCCUGUCAAACAGCCUGUCAAACAGCCUGUCAAUCAACCGGAGCCUGUAGAGCAGGCCCAGAACGCCGAACCUGUUCUCAGCGAACCUGAGAAUCUUCAGGCUGCUGAUCAAUCCACUGAACUCCCCAAAGAGCCACAGAAAAUUAUAGAAGCCAAGUCAUGACUCCGCGAUUAAUGAUUGUCCAGAGGUUCAGGUUUGGAGCGGAUGGAGAAGACCCAUCCAGUCCCGCCGGAUCUUUCAACAUGAAGGUUAUUAUUGGUAGAUUAAGCGUAGCUGUGGUAGACUGAAUGAAAAAAAGAGGAAACAAAACAAAAUGACGGAUGAGAAGACAACGAAAAAUUGCUGUACAAAAAGUGAUCGCAUGGAAUGUGAAUAAAUUGUUACAUAAAAA